AUGUCGUCCCUCCUCAAAAAAUUCUACCACGACAAAGUGAUGCAAGUCGUCCUCUUCUCCAGCACAGCAAUCGCCCUCUACGGCUACGACCAGGGCAUGAUGUCCCUCAUCAACACCAACACGGACUACCUCUCCACGAUGGGCAUCCCGGAGUCCUCCCCCCUCGUCGGCUUAAUCGUCUCUGUCUACUAUCUCGGCUGCGCUGUUGGGGCUGUAAUCUUCCAGUGGGCCGGCGACAAGUACGGCCGCAAGCCCGCCAUCUUUGUGUGCCUGGCGACGGCCAGCUUGGGGAACCUGAUCAUGUUUAUCGCGGGGCUGGGAUACUCCAGCGGGGCGCUGGGCGUCAUGUUCGUUGGGAGGAUCGUUAUGGGGAUAGGCGUCGGAGGCGUCGACGCCGUGAUUCCGGUCUACAGCUCCGAGCUGAGCGAAGACGAGGCGCGCGGAAAGGCGCUGGCGCAGGAGUUCCAGAGCAACAUCUUCGGGCUCAACAUGGCGUUUGCGAUCAACCUGGGCAUCACUGUGGCGCUGGGCAAGGCGAACCAGUGGGCGUGGCGGGUGCCGAUUCUCUGCAUGCAGGUGUAUCCCGUGCUGCUGCUGCUGUUCAUACAGAGGCUGCCGGAGAGCCCGCGCUGGUUCGUGUUCAAUGAGGAUAGGGAGGCUGCGCAGAAGAGUCUGGAGGCUAUCUAUGGCGAGGAUGAGGGGAAGAAGAAGUGCGAGGAGCUGGUCCAGAGCCAUGAUAAGGAGGCGGAUCAGAAGGUGAGCUACAGGGACAUGUUCACGCCUAGCCACCAGCAGUUCCACCCUACUAUGAUCACGAUCAUGGGACAGGUCAACCAGGCCCUGACGGGCUACGGGGCGGUGUCGGUCUACGGCCCGCAGAUCUUCGAGCUCCUCGGUUUCCCCGUCCGCACCUCCGAAUAUCUAACCCAAGGCAACUACGUCUCCUACCUGCUCCUCAUGACCUUCGCCUGGAUCCUCAUCGACGCGGUAGGGCGACGCGCCCUCCUCGUCUGGAACUCACUCAUCCUAACCGUCUGCUUCGCCCUACUCGCCCUCCUCGGCGGCCUCGCCUUCAACGCAGACAACCUCGGCAUCUCGAACCUCGCGCCCGCCAUCCCGGGCAUCAUCGCGCUCUACCUCGCGACCGGCGCCUUCGGCAUCGGCUGGCUGGCGACCGUGUGGCUGAUACCGACGGAGAUCUUCCCCACCACCGCACGCGCGCAGGGGACCGCCGUCAGCGUCAUAAUCUGGGGCCUGGCGAACUUCGCGGUAACGCUGCUCACGCCCAUCCUGUUCAACAACCUCGAGUACUUCCUCUUCGCGGCGUUCGCGGUCACGAAUCUGUUCGCGGGCGCGUGGACGUGGCUCUAUCAGCCUGAGACGGGGGGCAGGAGCUUCGAGGAGAACCAGGAGUUCUUUGAGAAGGCGAAGGAGGUCGGGAGCUGGAGGGUGAGCAGGGUUGCGGGAGGGAAGUUCUUGAAGAUGCCGUAUGGAGACGAGGACGCGGAGAGGACGCCGUUGUUGAGGAGGGUGAGGGAUCAGGCGUCUGUGUAG